AAAUCUUCAAACGCUUGUCAAGGUCAUGGGUACCUUCGAUCUGCACUGUCCUAGUCUCUCAGUUAUUUCGGAAGUUCUUAGGGACCACUUAAAAAGCUGUUUUGAAAAUGUGCAAUGUUCAAUCAUUGAUUCUCCGGACCUCACAAGCUCACCCUACAACCUAACGCUGAAAGGAUUGAAUGGUAAGGCAACCAUCUGUGAUGUAGGAAGCUUUGAUUACCUUUUACCAGUACCAAAGAAGGAUAGGCAUUACGACCUUUUAGACAUAUUUAGAAGUGCUGGUAUGACUUCUGGGGCGGCAAUCGGCGCUGGUGCUGGGCCUUUUUUUCUCACUGGAUAUAAUUCUGAGAUGGUCAUAAAUAUUUCUUCUGAGAAUGAGGCAGUUGCAAGGAAUGGCUCAUUAUUCGGGUCGUAUGACGAAGUGAACAACAAACCCCUGUUAACGAAAGCUGAUAAUACUAAAUUUGCUUUGUUGGGCCAGAUGUUUUUAUGUGAGGGUAAGCCUGGACCGGUUAUUGAAUUGAUUGUGUCGGGACGUAUUCAAGAUGGAAAAUUCGAUGCUAUGCUUCGUGAUGCAUUACACAAAAAGUUUGGUGAUCUAAGUAAUGCUGUUGGUCUGGGUGGGGUCAUAGUUCAGGAGAAAGGCAAAUCAUUUUAUCAUGUUCUCCCAGAUUUCGUAGAAGAACCUCUUGACUCAGGUGAUAAAGUUCGAAAUUGGAUCAAAAUGUUUGAAAUGGAUUCACCGGUUAUUUCAGUUGGAAUUGUAGUAUCCCAUGAUCCUAUCAACAUUAAAAACUAGCAAGAAACAGGCACUUUCUUAUUGGUGCCUUCAAGGUCACAUGAUGGUCGCUCAAGGACGACAAAGCGCUAUAAUUCCACUUAGAAUCCUACCUACUUCUACUGAUAAUUUCUGUUUUCUUUUCUUCAGGAUACUAGCUUUCCUUUAUCCUACAAUCCACAAUAACUUAAUUGAUAUGAUCUACUUAACAAUAUAAUUAUUAAGUCCUCAUUUUCGUAUACCAGUUUUGUAUGUUAUUUAGGAAGAUUGUUCAUUUUGAUCUGUUAUCUUUGCAUAGUAAGUAGAGGCAAUAAAAGAUAUGAUAAAAGAGGGAAGAAAAACUUCUAAAAGAAAAGUAUUCUUAUCUUAGGAAUACCUUUAUUCAUUCUGUUAAUUAAUUUUAUACUUAUGGAAAAUAGAGUUAAUAUAACAAUACAAAAAAAGAAGAUUACACUUAUUCCUGUUUUGAUUUCAGUUGAAAAUUGAUCAUUGAAUUCCAUUUCGUUAAAGAGUGUGGUAAAACAAAUACUAGUGGACAAAUCAAACUAAAGAAUGUAAAUAAAUAUACAGAAAUGUUGAGUGAAUCAUGAAAUUUUCUAAAUGGUCACGUUUACUGUUUGUUCGUUGUCUGAAUCUUCCAAAUUUAAUGUUGUCCGACUUGAGUUUAUGCUUUUGUGAAAAUGUAAAUUUCCUUAGUAUCGAGCAUAUACUUUUUAGCACUAUAUAAUCCUUGCACUUGGACUGGCUCCGUCCAACAUAGGACCAGGCAUUACUGCGUAAUGGUCUGAGUUGCCACACUUCAUAUCAGUACAUCAAGUAAAAAGCAUUGAACUGGAAGAUGAAAAUAAGAAAAUUCAGUCAAAAGAAAUGUAAAGUACUGAGAGAGAGAGAAAUGAAGAAUGAGAAAAUGGUGAGAUUCGAUAUAGCGACAAAAUGAGGAUAAUGUGUGUGGGGAUACAUCUGUCCCACUGACAUCGGUUCUCACCCAUAUCACCUAGAAUCUCCAACCACUGGUUUCUCUUGUCCCACCGACCCCAACCACCUAGUCUGCAUCGCCCUACAUGGCUCAAACCAACAGUCAACCAGUCAUACACUGGUGCCAUGUUUUAGUCUGGCCACCUCGGGCCUUUUCCAGCCCGAAUCUACUUCGGCCAACAUUGUGUAACGAGGCAGACAGCGACUAAAUAUACAUAACACGUGUCCCAAUCAUCUCCUUCGAUGAAGGUUCACAACUGUGUCAACUGACUUACCUAUUUUCCCUAAAACUCUCUGUCUGACUUCUGAGUUACUCACAUGGUGACACCACGGAAUAUGGCCUAUACUACGAAGGCAAUGGUGGUCAAACACCUGAAACCUCAGGGGACAUCAGUUGCAGAUGCGUCUUGCUGACGGGUGCUAACAACCAUGAAACCUUGGUCGAGCAGGGUUUUCUACUUUUUGACUCCUGCUAUCUAACAUCAAACUAUGGACUACAAGAUCGGGAUGUCACUGAAAGUCAGAUUUUACCUCCAGGAUCUGCAAACUUCCACAUCAUAUGAAGAAGCUCUUGGAUAUCAAGUUUACGACGGACUGAGACAGUAUAAACCCAUUCGAACUUUACAUAUCAUGGAAGACAAAGAGUAGAACUAACCGAAGCAUUCAACUCAAAACCAUACAGAAUGGAAAGCAUUUAAACUUCUGUCAAAAGGAACAUUAUUGCCAAUUUUUCAGAAAGCAAGUCUUAAGAAUAACUUUCCAAAGGGACGAUACAACUGAUAGAAUUAAGAGAAGGAUACAAAAAAAAACUGAAAUGAUCAUGAGUAACCAAGCUUGUUACUUGCUCUUAGUAUAUCCCUCCAUAUGGUCUAUUCAAGAUUUCAAAGUAGAAAACUUCUUGAAUCACACUCCGUUCGUGCGUCCAUCAGUUCACUUUCACUUAUGGAAACACAUACCAUAGAUCAGCAGAGAAGCUAAUAUCUAAGAAACGUUCUCAUCUUACUGCUUCA